GAAGAGUGGACGCAGCGGAAGUCGCGCUUUUUUUCUUUCUUGAUCAGCACAAGUUACAUUUAAGGGAAGUGGUUUUGAAGAAACUGCAGUGAUUAUGUUGCUGACCUCGCUUAGUUGCUGCGGUCAGUAAACGAAAGAAUAGAUGUAUUGUGAUUGAAGAACACAGGCGUUUCAUAAAGAAUAGAUCGCCUGGAAAUAGUGAGUGCACCAGUACUACCACACAUGGAAUGGAAACACACUGGGAGGAUCUUGCCUUUCUGGAUUCUAGAAUGAUGUGAGAUCUGACGGUUCUGGGAACGUUGGUGAUUCUCUGCUCCCUUGGUGUUUUGUCCUCUUUUACCUGCCUAGUUGGAGUGUGGAGACGUGGAUGUCAGAUUAUAGUCGAGUUUGAACCUCACCCACCCUGAGGACUGAGGUCUGAGGACUGAGACCCUCCUCUGUCCUGUUCCGUCCUGGUUCCAGGCAACAUGAUGGAGCCCCUGUUGGACCGGCCCGGGCCCCAGAUUGGAAGGCCCUCUCUGGGGGAGAGAAUGGCCUCCUGCUGCUCCUACAGAACCCUCCAGGCCUGGCUCCCCAUCCUCACCUGGUUACCCAAGUACAGGCUGAGCUGGCUCCAGAUGGACCUGAUAGCAGGUCUCACCGUGGGUCUAACCACCGUACCACAGGCCCUGGCUUAUGCUGAGGUGGCCGGCCUACCUGUACAGUACGGCUUGUACUCAGCCUUCAUGGGUGGGUUCAUCUAUACGUUUCUGGGAACCUCCAAGGAUGUAACCCUGGGUCCUACUGCCAUCAUGUCCCUGCUGUGUGCCUCCUACGUGGGGGGAGACCCGGUCCGAGCCGUCCUCCUCAGCCUGAUCUGUGGAACCAUACAGACCGCCAUGGCUCUACUACGUUUGGGGUUUCUUCUGGACUUCAUCUCAUUUCCGGUGAUCAAAGGCUUCACCUGUGCUGCCGCGGUAACCAUAGCCUUCGGUCAAGUCAAGAAUGUGCUGGGACUGAAGGACAUACCGCAUGAGUUCUUCCUGCAGGUCUACUACACCUUCUACAGGAUACCUGAGACCAGGAUAGGAGACGUGGUUCUAGGUCUGCUGUGUCUGUGUCUGCUGGUGACGUUGCAGUGGAUGAAGAGUACCCUGGAACCCCGUCAGAACAGGAGGCCCUCCUCACCAGGGCCGCUCACAAGUAUAUAAUGUGUGUGUCUCCCCACCUCAGUGCGUAAUGCGUUGGUCGUAGUGGCGGCGACCUUCCUGGCGUUCUCAUGGAACGCGUUUGGCUCACCGGUCUUCACCAUUACCGGGAAAACAUCCCAGGGCCUGCCGCCGUUCAGAGCCCCUCCCCUCUUCGAGACCACGCCCAACGGUACCAGCAUCAGCUUCGGAGAGAUCAUAGAGGAUUUUGGAGGAGGGCUGGCUGUCAUCCCCUUCAUGGGAGUACUGGAGAGCAUUGCCAUCGCUAAAGCCUUCGCCAGUCAGAAUGACUAUAGGAUCAAUGCCAACCAGGAACUGUUUGCUAUUGGUCUAACCAACAUUAUGGGGUCCUUCGUCUCAGCCUAUCCAGUCACAGGAAGCUUCGGAAGGACUGCAGUGAACUCCCAGACAGGGGUGUGUACACCAGCCGGAGGCAUAGUCACUGGUGUGGUAGUGCUGUUGUCCCUGGCCUUCCUGAUGCCAGCAUUCUACUACAUCCCUAAAGCCUCUCUGGCAGCAGUCAUCAUCUGUGCUGUGGCUCCCCUGGUCGACUACCGUGUCGUCAUGCAGUUCUGGAGGAUACGCAAGCUUGAUCUGGUGCCGUUCCUGAUCACCUUCCUGUUGAGUUUCUGGGAGGUGCAGUACGGCAUUGUGGGAGGUGUAGUUGUUUCUGGACUCAUGCUGCUCUACAAUGUAGCCAGGCCCAGCAUAAAGGUGUGUGAUCAUGGUGUUUUGGUGAUGGAGUUAGAUAGUGGACUCAGUUUCCCCUCCACAGAGUACCUCAACACUGUCCUAUACACUCAGGCACUGCAGGCCUCUCCUCCUAGGUCAGUGGUCCUGGACUGUCAUCAUGUCAAUACUGUAGACUAUACAGUUGUCAACGAGCUCAGGGACCUGCUACGACAGUUCAAACUACGAGGGGUCGCACUCAUCUUCUCUGGCCUGCAGUAUUCGGUCUUGGAGGUCCUGUUGGCAGCAGACCUGUCGGAUCUUAGACACACCGCCAGUGUGGAGGCGGCACUAACCAUCCUUUCGGAGCCAACGUACACAGAGGAACUGGAGGACGGGAAAUCACUUCUCAGGAAGUGAUGUAAGGAAAGAAGCCCCACCCUCUCAGCACUUAACUUCCUGUUUGUGUUCCAAAUCAAAAUUCCAAAUCCUUUCCAAGCCCCUACCCGUGUGUCCCAAUCCUGGUCCCGCAGACCCUAAGGGGGACACAUUUUUGUUUUUUUGCCCUCGCACUCACAAACCUGAUUCAACCAAAUGCUUGAUGAGAAGUUUAUUAGUUGAAUUAAGCUAAAAACAAAAGAUGUGCACCGUCUUGGGUCCCCGGACCAGGAUUGGGAAGCCCUCACCGGAGUCAGUGUGUGUGGAUAGGUGGAAGCAAUAUGGAGGAAAUAGCACUUAGCCUGUCCAGAGAUAUAACUAUAUCUAAUACCUAUGGAAUGUUUUGAUUUGAUUUACAUAGGUGUUAGUAUACUUGUCAAAUAUCCUUAGACUGGUGAGGUACUUACACUAUUGCAACUGUGCUUUUAAAUGUUCUUCUUAUACGCAUUAAUACAUAUAAUAUAUUAUUGUAUACAUUUGCUUGAUCAAUUAGACUUUGAUAAAUUACAAUUAUUGAUGCCUUUCAAAUUGAUCAAUUGUACUUUAUUGGUUGCCUCUAUUGGAUGAGAAGUUGACUGUCUCCUACUCUCUCUCUCUGUGUGUGUGUGUGUGUGUGUGUGUGUGUGUGUGUGUGUGUGUGUGUGUGUGUGUGUGUGUGUGUGUGUGUGUGUGUGUGUGUGUGUGUGUGUGUGUGUGUGUGUGUGUGUGUGUAUGUAUUUACCUGUACGAUCAUGACCAUAAGAAGAAUAUCACAUUCCAAAUGGUUUGUGCCUUGUAUGUUCUGCACUUAAUACAAUUAUUUUGUUGUUUUUUAACACUUUGAAACGUUUUAAUUCUUACUUAGAAAUGUAUCUGAUAAGACUGACAAUUUGUAUAAAGCUCCAAACGUAGUUUUAUGCAGGGAAUUAACCAGUGUUGUAAAGUGCUUAAGUAAAGAUACUUUAAAGUACAA